GACAACCGCGCGUGCGCGCAGACUAGGCGGCAGCUUGGCGGCUCCUGCGCCUCAGAGUGCGUUGCUCUUUCGUAUUUUAUUAUUAUUGUUACUGCUAUUAUUAGUAUUAACGGGCUUUUUGUUUGGCGCCCAAUCUCGGGCACCCAAGCGCAGCUCUCUUUCUCCUCCUCUCCUUCGUUCCACUUCGCGAGCGGCCGAACAGAGCGAGGCGAGCGAGCGAGCGAGCGAGCGAAGUUUUCUCCUUCCCCUCAAAGAACGCGGGAAAAAGCUCUCGCGCGCCGUCGAGGAGGAAGAGAAGCUGCUGAGGGGAAGCACCUGAGAAGUCGGCGCUUCUCCUUCCUGAGGGAGGAGGGGAAAGGCGAGAAGCGCUGCCCUGCGCCCCCUCAGGCCCCCCUCCGCCUCGCCUGAGUUGGACUCUCUGCCCGGCAAGCGAAGGGCGCCAACUUUCUUCUCGCCCAUCUUCAACUCUACUCAGCCAACGAAUCUGGCCGCGACGGGAGGACAGAGAGCGGGAGAGAAGAUCCCGGAGAACUUAUUGGGGGCCCCGCGCUUCUCUGUAUGGAAACUACACAGAAGCCUCAUGUAAGUGGAGCCUACAGUUUUCUAGAGCGGAGCAUUCAUUCUGAUACUAAACUGGAGUGCAGCUCUUGUGUAGAAACGGAGGACAGAAAACUUUCAAGACAGCAGAUGAGUUGUGAAAGAGGUCAACUAAGGGGUAAUCAGGAAGCCACAGCACCUCCUGACACAAUGGCACAGCCUUACGCCUCGGCUCAGUUUGCUCCUCCUCAGAACGGCAUCCCCGCAGAGUACACCGCACCCCACCCUCAUCCAACUCCCGACUACACAGGCCAAACCACAGUUCCAGAGCACACAUUAAAUAUGUACCCACCUGCGCAGACGCACUCUGAACCAAACACAAGUGACACAAAUGCACAAACUGUGUCAGGCACAGCCACACAGACAGACGAUGCAGCACAGACCGACGGACAGCAACAGACACAAUCUUCUGAAAACACAGAAAACAAAUCACAGCCGAAACGGCUGCAUGUCUCAAAUAUACCCUUCAGAUUCCGGGAUCCAGAUCUCAGACAAAUGUUUGGGCAAUUUGGUAAAAUCUUAGAUGUUGAAAUUAUUUUUAAUGAGCGAGGCUCAAAGGGAUUUGGUUUCGUUACUUUCGAAAAUAGUGCUGAUGCCGAAAGGGCGAGGGAGAAAUUACACGGCACCGUGGUAGAGGGCCGUAAAAUCGAGGUAAAUAACGCGACAGCUCGAGUCAUGACAAAUAAGAAAACAGUCAACCCUUAUACGAAUGGUUGGAAAUUAAAUCCAGUGGUGGGUGCUGUCUAUAGUCCAGAAUUCUAUGCAGGCAGGGUGCUGCUGUGCCAGGCAAACCAAGAGGGAUCUCCCAUGUACAGUGCCCCCAGUUCACUAGUAUACACGUCCACAAUGCCGGGUUUCCCAUACCCUGCCGCUACUGCUGCCGCCGCAUACAGAGGAGCACAUCUCAGAGGCAGAGGCCGCACCGUCUACAACACAUUUCGUGCCGCAGCACCCCCUCCUCCCAUCCCGGCUUAUGGCGGUGUUGUUUACCAGGAUGGAUUUUAUGGUGCAGACAUUUAUGGUGGUUAUGCUGCGUACCGGUAUGCCCAGCCUACCACAGCAACCGCAGCUGCCUACAGUGACAGUUACGGACGACUUUAUGCUGCAGACCCCUACCACCACACACUUGCUCCAGCAACCACCUACGGCGUUGGUGCCGUGAAUGCUUUUGCACCCUUGACUGAUGCCAAGACUAGGAGCCAUGCUGAUGAUGUCGGUCUCGUUCUUUCUUCAUUGCAGGCUAGUAUAUACCGAGGGGGAUACAGCCGUUUUGCUCCAUACUAAAUGACAAAACCCAUAAAAACCCUUCCAAUGUGGGGGAAAAAAAGGAAGCUUUCCGAGGCCUGGGUAUUGCAAUACAUGCAAUAGUGCAUCAUUUUAGCAACUCUAAAAAUAAAAAAUAAAAAUAAAAAGAGGAAAAAAAUCUACAUUUUUUUAUCUUAUACCUCAGAUAUUUUGUUCUGUGUAUUUUAAUAUCGUGGGUCUUUUCAUUUCCGAACGUUGCAUAGUUCGAUUGCUGGCUGUAGAAGGUUAUUAUUAUUAAAUUAUAUUAUGA